CCCUAUGAGCAGUCUCUGUGCUCAGUGUACGAAUCCAUUCUUGAAGGAUGAAUGGUCUAAUUUGUACAUAUAGCACAUGCUUUUUUUAAAGUAACUAACGGUUUGUCAAACCCCAGCACCCCUGGUGAUUGGAUCAUUGAUUGGCUUCCCCAUUGGCCGGCUCGGCUGUCAGUCAGCGGCUGCACUCGCUGGUUCGUCUGAAGCGAGCGCAUUACACCGGUCGACUUAUCUCCGUUUAGUCAGCAGCCGCGGCAUCGUGUCGCAGCGUCCGACCGAGGCGCUGACGGAGCAUCUGUCGGGAAACGCGACGUCGUCAGCGGCCCCAGCCUGGUCCAAGCACGGCCGGCGAGCGAUCACACGCAGUGGACGAGACGCGUCAAUGGAUCUCCGAUCGCAGUCGUGACCGCUCUCCGCCGCCCCUCACCCUGCGGAAGAUCCUGCGCCGAACUUGCCGCCGCUGCUGCUGCUGCUGCUGCUGCUGCUGCUGCUGCGUCCACACCGCCGCGGCGCGCACCUCUGCAGACAUGGGCACCGUCCUCUCCAUAUCCCCCGCGACGAAGAAGGCGUCCAUCAUGGACGCGGACGCCGCGGGCGACGGGCCCAAGCACGACAAGACCCUCAAGCGGCACUCGAUGUUCGUCUCGCUCUCCUGGAAGAAGCUGGUGGCCAACUCGGCCAAGAAGAGCGCCAAGAAAGUGACCCCCAACCCGCUGUCCACCCGCGAGCCGCCGCCGCUGCCGCCGCCGCCGCCGUCGUCCGGCCAGGUGGCGCAGCGCAACAGCGAGAACAUCAGGAAGACGCACCGCACCGACGAGAAGAAGCCCAAGGCGCCCAUCCCCGUGCCGGUGCCCACGGUGCCCACGGCGCCCACGGCGCCCACGCUGAACGGCGAGGCCGUCGCCCAGCAAGGCAGGCUCGCCUCGGUGCAGAAGCAGCCCAGCAGCCUGUCGCUGGUGUCGCCGCGGCGCAUCGUCAUCCAGGCGUCGACGGGCGAGCUGCUGCGCUGCCUGGGGGACUUCAUGUGCCGCCGGUGCUCCAGGCUCAAGGAGCUGAGCAGCGGCGAGGUGAUCAUCUGGUUCCGCAACAUCGACCGGACCCUCCUGCUCCAGGGCUGGCAGGACCAGGGCUUCAUCACGCCGGCCAACGUGGUGUUCGUGUACCUGCUGUGCGAGGACACGAUCUCGGAGAGCGUCGAGUGCGCCGCCGCGCUGCAGGGCGCCUUCCAGACCUGCCUCUACCUCGCCUACUCCUACAUGGGCAACGAGAUCUCCUACCCGCUCAAGCCGUUCAUGAUCGAGUCGAACAAGGACGUGUUCUGGGAGACGUCGCUGCGGAUCAUCGGCCGGCUGAGCGGCAAGAUGCUGCGGCUGAACGCGGACCCGCACUUUUUCACCGAGGUCUUCCAGGACCUGAAAAACCAACGCGACACCGGCGACGCGAACCUGGACCGCUGACGGGGGAGCGCACAACGGCACGGGUGGGCUCUUUUUUGGGGUUGUUGUUUUUUUUUUUAAAUGAAAAAAAAAAGAGAGAAAGAAUGAAGAUGAAUGUUUUUAGUUUUUUGGCGCAAAGCCAAACGAAAAUGGGCCGAGGAGGCUGAGUGUCGCCGUCCUGAGCGACAACGUCGCUAGGCAACAAGAGUAUGGGAAGAUUUCAUCAAUUGCAUGCCAACGGUAUAUUGUCCUUCUUUUGUCUCGUUCCCCCCCCCCCCCCCACCGCCACCUACCCUGAGAGAGACGCGGGGAUUGACAUUGACUGAGUGGCGCCAAAUCACGCACACUGAGUGACACUCGAGUCCCCGUUCCGUCAGGGCCACUGUCGGGUCCAGCGGGGCAAGUGCGCGGCCAAGGGUCCAGGCGGGACCGGAGCCGAGCCGUGCGUUUUGGAGAGCGGGCGGCGGAGAGGCGGAGCUGUCCGAGGUGCUGACCUGUGCAGCCACCCCCCCCCCCCCCCCCCCCCCCCCCGCCCCGCCCCUCCCCGCCAUACUUGAGUCACUUUUCCACAACAGAGCCGCGCGUGGCUUAAGAGGACCUGUCAUCCCUGUACAUUUUCAGCACUUAAAGCCUAAGCCUUGUUAAGUAGAGGUGCACAGUACAUGUACCUGCACUGUGCUUUUUUUUCUUCUUUUUUCUUAAAGUCUCAGCCAGCAGGGGGCAAGUCACAGGCUGUGAAGACAUGCAACGUGAUAUCAGAGGCGUGAUUCUUCUUCAAAAGUGGGGGAUGAAAAACACAUAUACUUUGUACAACUGUGUAGAUAUUUCCCUUUUAAAGCUUGUUUCCAUUGGCAACCCUAGAGCGGAUGUCAAAAUGGCCCCCUCCCUUCAUCCCUUCAUCCCUCCCUCCGGAAAAGCACCGUUGCUCUUUGUGCAGCUAUUUUAGCAAUUUCCAAAUUUUUGUCGUAACGCCGACGCGAGUUUGAACGAAACACAACUUGCGUUUGCCCGCCGAUGUGAUGGUGCACAAGUAUGUAUUCCUGCAAAGUGGGCCGCCGGUUCGAGUUGGGCAUAGAUGUGAAAUUAGUGAAGGGAGUGUGUCCCCCCUCACCUUGAAUGUGAUAAACUAAAUGGCCACGCAGCAACAUUAUCGACACAAAGGCCUCUGGUUGUGUUACAUUGCUUUGCAACAUAUUGCGGAAUGGAAUACAUAUUGUUUUUCUCAUACGUGCCAACUGCAACUUUCUCGGCCUGGAGCUAUAUAUGGUUUACAUGUACAUAAUCUCACAUGGUAAAUUUGCUCUUUGUUUUAUUAUUAUUAUUAUUUUUUUUCCUUUUGUCUGUUUUGAAGGCUACGAUGUACUGUAUAGUUCAAGUGUUACAAAAAUAGAGCUUAAUGGUCAAAUGUUAUAUUUUUUUUGCCCUCGUUCUGGAAGCGUUGUGUCGCGUCGCCUCGGUUCGCCGGAUUUCGAUCCCUCUUCGGUUUUCGGGAAGGACGUUUCCUUGUAAUGUAAAUACUGAGUGUGAACAUCUCAUCCGUUAGUGACGGGUCAUUUUGCACACGGGCGUCAUUGCAGUUUCUAUAAGCUAAAAAGGGAUUGGAUCCGACCGCCACUCUGAAACCAAAUUUGACGGGGGCAAAACGCGACGGCAAGUAUUUCGGUGUUACGUCAUCGUGGUGUCGUGCUGUGAACUCGUCGUUUGCAAAAGUGGAAUAUAAUGCUGCAAUUUUUGCACAGCUGUGAACAAAACCUUUUUGUUGUUGUUGUUUUUUUUUGCACAUGUGGUAUGAACAUACUGGCCGUGUACCAAUGCUUUCCUUUCAGCUCCGGGACUGUUUGCCAUUCAGUUUGCGGUGGACUGCCGCCGAGUCCCGCUGUAGGACGAUCAUCUGCCACAUACAGAUCUUUUGUACAGUUCACAUGUCCUAUAACUGUCAGCUAUUCAAGGAUACUAUCUAGGUGUGCGUGUCGUCUGUGGUGUGGUGCCACAGUUGCAUUCACUCUCUCUAUAUAUGUUAAUAAAAGGCCGAUACAGUGAUUGUCUAUGGUGACCAUGGUGAAAUAAAUCCAAAACCCAUGUA